AUGAACACUUACACAACGGAGGCAAUUCCUACCGUCUUUCUUCAGACUACUUCAAAGGGCAAAUAUCCCUUACGAGAAAAUUUACCAAUGAACAAUUCGAGCAUGAUGCACUGUAGUUCUCAAAUCGGUACUGAUUUAAGGGCUAGCAAUACGUCCCAUGCCAUUCAAGCACCAUCAAUAGCGAGAAAAAAGGAGUCUUUGCUUUCUAAGAAUUCUACAAAAUAUUCUGAAAACUAUACAACGCAGCAGCAUUGCUCAACAUCACACUCGAUUCACUCAAGCUCGGCACCGUCUCUUGCCUUAAAUAAGCUUACAGACUUUACGCUUGAUAUCUACUCCCAGCAAUGGGUUAGCAUCAUGUCCGAGGAGGCUCAGGAGCUUGAAUUUGCCUUUCUUUUUCGUCAAAGUGUCGAUAAGCUGAGUUCGCCCUUUGCGUCUGUCAGGAAAGAAGGUCUUUACGAGGCGCUAGGGAUUCUCGUUGACUUCACCCUGCAAACAUCCACGCGUUCAACCAACGCCCUACGCCAGGGAUCGCUGAUGGAGUCGACAACGAUGUCCGAAACGAAUAGACAGAGUUCGAACCCCACCCUUCAUCUGUCGAACUCGGGAAAAUUGCCGUCCUCGGAGUGGCAGGCGGGUGGGAAUGUGCGGAUUCAGCCCUUCGACGCCAUUAGCUACUCCAACCUCCCUCAGUCCCCCUCCCUUCUGGGUGAGGCGGCGCUGCGCUGGACGCGGGCACAGCGCGCCUUAUCCCGUGUCAACCUCACCUCCGCGUUCUUCCACCGGAUUCUUCUCCCUCGGACGGAGGUCCGCGCGCGGGUUGGGCUGCGGGAGCUCGUCGAGGUCGUCCUCACUGAGGAGGAGGCGCGGCGGUGGAGCUCCGUUGGGGAGGGUCCUGGCACAGCCGCGGUGUUACACGGGGGGCACCCCACCCUCGCCCUGCUCACGGCCGUCUCCUUCGAGGAGCAGGAGCUCGCGCUGCGGCUGUGCCAGGGGAUGUGCUUGCUGUUGCACUACCAGCGCCGUUGCAUCGCGGAGGGGUGCUUUCUGCACUACGCCGCGGAGGUCUUCCAGUGCUUUCUGCAGCACGUGGAGUUCACCUUCCGCCAGCGGCGGCGGUGCAUGCUCCAGCAGCAUCGCCAGAGGGCAGAAGGGGGGGGCGCCACGACGGAGGCGGUGGCUUCGUACUCCUGGCCGGACGAGGGCCACACACUGCGAACGACAAGCGAGCUGGUGGAGGUGAACCCAGCGCAGGUGCGCGUGAUUAUCGCGCUCAUUGAUGCCGUGGAGGCCGCCUGCCAUUAUAACCCGCCUGUGUUGAUGCGCUUGGUGCAGACUGGAUGCGUCAAGGCGCUUCUGAACUUAGUUUACUCCCCUUGCGUGCCGGUCGAGAUUCGGGCUUCGGUUCUGGAUAUCAUCAGUGUAUUACUUAAAGAAGUGGCUCCUUUUAGGCUUACCGCCGCCGUUCGUGAAGGGCAGCGAAACGACAGCGCUUCCUCACCACUUUCUACUUUCAAUCAACCGCAGCCGACCGCGUCGACUUCGACUGCUGGAGCUUUACAAAGUGAGCAUGAUAAAUCGCUCCUAAACGUAAUGAUUGAGCAGGGUAUGUCAGGGGAGACAAAUCGGGCGUUUUUUGACGGCUACAUGAGAAACUUAUUAUCUCACAAUCUCAGCGACGACAAUCUGAAUGGUACAAGGCAGCAACCGUCUAGCUUUUACAUGGAUCGUGCAACCGCCUCGAGGUUUGAUUCCUCCGUGCGGGAAUGGUUUAGCUAUCAUGGCUUAAGCCAUACCAUUAGCGGCGUAAUGGAGCUGAGGAACUUCCGAACGUUGACCGAAGGACCUAAGAUGGAGCUUGAUCGUACGCAGCGCCGAGCUAAGCAAAUCGAAGAAAGUAAACUAAUGAAACUGUUGCAGAUGAUCGACGGAAAGCGCGCUGAGGAACGAGAAAACUAG